GGUAGCUGUUCUACAUAGGGAUUACGCUGUCAUAAAUUUUGUAAUUUAUCGGCUUGUUAUCAUUUUUAACAGUUAUAAGCUUAUAACUUGCCGUCAUAUUCAUGGGCACGCGCUCGUAUACAUUUCACUAGAGGAUGUGAUCUGAAAUUGGUCAAUAUGUUGUCAUGUUAAGAAAAACAAAGUUAUUAACUUUAUCCUCUAGCUGUGUGAGAGCUUGUCUGAGAUAGUGGAAUGGAAAAGAAAAGAAUAGAUGACUGUGAACCAGGUCCAGUUCCUUCACCAAAAGCAUUGGACAGAUUUGGAUUUGUAAAGCAGGAACUUAAUACCUCUCCUGAUGGUUUAACAAGAGGCAGGUCAGCUCAUGAAUAUGAGAGGGAGGAAAGAAGAGUUAGAAAAUGGAGGAAAAUGAUUGGGGUUGGAGGGAGUGAUUGGAAGCACUACGUUAGGAGAAAACCUCAUGUUGUCAAAAGGCGUAUAAGGAAAGGAAUCCCUGAUUGUUUAAGAGGUCUUGUUUGGCAGCUGAUCUCUGGAAGUCGGGACCUUUUGCUGAUGAACCCAAGGGUUUAUGAGCAACUAGUGAUAUAUGAAACAUCAGCUUCAGAACUAGACAUAAUACGAGACAUUUCUCGUACAUUUCCGUCACAUGUUUUCUUCCAGCAGAGACAUGGACCUGGUCAAAGGUCCCUUUACAAUGUUUUGAAGGCAUACUCUGUCUUUGACAGAGAUGUUGGAUAUGUUCAGGGAAUGGGUUUUUUAGCUGGUCUGUUGCUUCUUUAUAUGAGUGAGGAGGAUGCUUUCUGGUUAUUGGUUGCGUUAUUGAAAGGAGCUGUCCAUGCCCCAAUGGAAGGCUUAUAUCAGGUGGGGCUUCCUCUGGUACAACAGUACCUUUUUCAGUUUGAUCACUUGGUGAAAGAGCAUUUGCCGAAGCUGGGGCAGCAUUUUGCCCAAGAGAUGAUAAAUCCCAGCAUGUAUGCAAGUCAGUGGUUCAUAACAGUCUUCUCAUACUCUUUUCCAUUCCAUUUGGCUCUUCGAAUUUGGGAUGUCUUUUUGUAUGAGGGUGUUAGGAUAGUUUUUAAGGUUGGUUUGGCCCUACUGAAGUAUUGUGUUGAUGAUUUGACUAAAUUACCUUUUGAGAAACUCAUACAUGCUUUGCGUAACUUCCCUGAGGAUGCAAUGGAUCCAGACACGUUAUUACCUUUGGCCUACUCAAUUAAGGUGUCCAAGCAUUUGGAGGAACUGAAGCAGGAGUAUGAGAAGAAGAACGGAAAGACAGUUCAAUCAGCAGACUCUAAUGAAAAGUAGAAACAUUCACAAUGAAUGCGGAGGAACUAAGAGAUACUAGCCUAUCCAUAAAUUCCAAAUUCUUUGAUUCUUUGUCUUGAUCGUAUGUUGUUAGCAGAAACCUUUGCUAACCGUAUCGACUCAUCUUUAAUCAUGUGAUUGUUCGUAGUU